AGCUAAGGGGGGGACACCCUGGGUGUGCGCAGGCGCGGCCAUAUACUGGUUGGGGGCUGCUCCCAGCUGGCGGUCAUGUCGGUGCAAGAGGACCCGGUUCAGCGCGAGAUCCACCAGGACUGGGCGAACCGCGAGUACAUCGAAGUGAUCACCAGCUCUAUCAAGAAGAUCGCCGACUUCCUCAAUUCCUUCGAUAUGUCCUGCCGCUCCCGCCUGGCCACGCUCAACGAGAAGCUCACGGCGCUGGAGAGGCGGAUCGAAUACAUCGAGGCCCGGGUAACGAAAGGUGAAACGCUGACAUAGGUGUGCCGGAGGCUGGCGGGGAGCCAGCCUGGAAGAGAACUUGCAGCUGUUUACAGAGCUGACGAUCAGACAUCAAGUUUCUUCAUUUCUUAAUAUGGAUGAAAGUUAUGCUUGUUUCCGCCCUUUGGGAAGCUGUGUCCCCCAUUUGGAGCCUGUGACUUUGUGUGGGUGAUUCCAGCUGAAACUGCUAAAUUGUACACAAGCAUGUUUAAUUAUGUGGUUUUAUACAAGUAUAUUCAUGCCCUCUUGAGCCUCUGUGCGCUUGCAAAGCAAGAGAAUCUUUAUGGAACCAAAUCUUAGUUUCUGGGGACACAAUUUCAUUUUUAAUUUUUUUUAAGGGUCUAAACAAAUUAGGAUGUUGGGACUGUGCAUAGUGGGCAGCUCUAGUGGCAGUUUCAGUAUACGUAGUAAGCAUCCUGCGGCUGCUUUGUGUUGCUGGAAGGUACCAACUAGCCUAUUUUGCUGCAGUUGCCCAGUGGAAUAAAUGUGCAGUAUGUAUGAGGGGGGAGGAGAUCAUGUGCCAAGGGAGGGGUGGCUCAGUUUUCUAAGUAUUUUGUAUUCUCUGAUGUAACUUGGGGUGUCUUUUCCAUUUGUGUUUCAACAAUAAACCAUCUCUGCUUAA